UUCUACUGUCCCUCACAUUUGGACGAGAUUCUGACUGCGCCUCUCGCUGGAACUUCGUCGCCCAAUUCAGCUCUCCUCAUGAUGGCCACUUCUGCAACUAGACACUCUGAACUCGCUUGCCUCACACCCAGACACGUAUCUACGCCUUCGGCUGCCUGGGCUUCACCAUUCUCCUCCUCCCCAUCUUCUUCCUCCUCUUCUUCCUCUUUUUCCUCCCUUUCUUUUUCUUCCUCUUCUUCCUCAUCCUCAUCUUCUUCCUCACCCUCAUCCGCCUCUUCGCCCUCGCUCUUGACCUCCUCUUCCCCUAUUGGUGCUUCGCCUUACUGUCUGGAGACCAACUGUCUGCCGCGCCAGCAUCAUCCGCUGCUCCAUCAACACCCGGCACAGCCUCAUGCUCACUGCUAUCCCUUCGGCGCCGAUCCCGAGGAGCUGGCCAUGGUUUGUUUCGUCAGGGCUGUAGCUCGCCCGGUGACCCAACAUGAGACGGCUUUGUCGCCGGCGGGCGCCAUGACUCGCCUGCUCCUGGAACGGGGCACCGAAUUCAAGACAACUCUGCCUCAAGCGCUUCUGGAUGACUCGUCAUCAUCAUCAUCGUCAUCGUCUUCGUCUUCGUCGUCGUCGUCAUUAUCGUCAUCAUCAUCAUCAUCAUCAUCAUCAUCAUCAUCAUCAUCAUCAUCAUCAUCAUCAUCAUCAUCAUCAUUCUCCUCGUCUGCCUGCGCCGGCCUCGUCUCACACAACGCCCCGGGGAGCGAGAGUGGCGCCGCACUUUUCACGUCGCCCUGUCGGCCCGGAUCGGGCCACUCGCGAGCCACUGUCUACCGGCGACUCGAGGACGGCUGCGUGGUGAUGGAGACGCCGGUACCCGGAGCUUGCGCCAUCUACCCGCUUGUCUUCCCCUUUCUCAACUCCAAGUGCCCCAGCACCAACAAGCGCCAGGUCCACCUCCAGAUCAGCCUGGUGCACGGAGCUCAAGAGCGACCAAACGGUCGCAAUCAGCUUGACAAAGGCAAACGGAUAGGUCGAUGUCAGGGGCAAUACAACGGCCCGACAGACCGGCGUUUCGGCUGCCCGACCGGGCAGCAGGGACACCCAAAGUCAGGUGCUCCCAUUCUCGGUGCCUUUCGAGGACCUGGACCAGACUCUGCCAGAUUGGAUGGACAAAUGUUGUCUGAUUACAUUUCCAUCUUGCUCGUUCGUUCGUCCAAGACUCCCUCCACUUGCAUGGCCCAGCCCUAA